GCGUUCGGUUCGCAAUGGGUUUUCUCAUCACCACGGUGUGCCUGGUUCUGCCCGUUCUAGGGCUACUGUACUACUAUGUACGGCGCAAAUAUUGCUACUGGUCCGAUCGGAACGUCACGCACGUUCGCGGUUCCCUACCCAUGGGAUCGUUCAACGAAAUGGGAUCCAAGAAGCACUUCACAGAAGUACUGGAAUCCGUCUACCAACGGUUCAAAAAGUCACACGCUGCGAUUGGAAUGUAUCUUGGCAUUAGACCGAUACUGAUCGUCAACGAUUUGGAUUUGGUAAAACAGAUCCUGAUCAAGGAUUUCAACAACUUCCGCGAUCGAGGUAUGUUCUUCAACGAACGAGACGAUCCCCUGUCGGCUCAUCUGUUUUCGAUCGAAGGAGAACGAUGGCGUUUUCUACGGAACAAGCUCAGCCCAACGUUCACUUCCGGUAAGAUCAAGUACAUGUUCCUCACGAUUCGGGAGAUCGGUGAAGAAUUUUUGGCCAGUUUUGAUCGGUAUGUGGAACGGAAGGAACCGGUAGAUGUUAGCAUUUUGGCUCAGCAGUUCACUUGCGAUGUGAUUGGAUCGUGCGCUUUCGGUUUGCAAUGUAAUGCUUUGAAAAACGAGAGCUCGCAUUUGUUGGAUAUAGGCGAUAGGAUGUUCAAUCCGAAACCCUUGGAGAUGGUGUGGAUGUUGUUUCUUAUCAGCUUCCGAGAUUGGGCUGUAAAGUUAGGCCUCAAACAAACGCCGGCAGAUGUGACGGCGUAUUUCGUAGAUGUCGUGCAAAAAACGGUGGAUCACAGGGAGAAGAACAAUGUAACACGUCCGGACUUUUUGCAACUGUUGAUGCAGCUGAAAAAUAGGGGAACAAUAGAGGACGAUGAAGAAGAUUCGAAGGAUACCAUAACGAUGAAUGAAGUGAUCGCACAAGCUUUUCUGUUCUUCUUUGCCGGAUUUGAAACAUCAUCUAGGGCCCUAUCGUUUGCAUUGUUCGAGCUUGCGCAUAAUCCUGCUGUUCAAGACAAGGCCCGUGAAGAAGUUCAACGAGUUAUCGCAGCUCACGAUGGUCACAUAACAUACGAAGCGGUCAAGGAAAUGAUCUAUCUAGAACAAAUCGUCAAUGAAACACUUCGCAAGCACGCCCCGAUAGGAAAUUUAAUUCGCGUUGCCAACGAAGCCUUCCAGAUUCCCACACAGGACCUGACCAUCGAGAAGGAAACACUGGUGAUGAUCCCCAUCCAUUCGAUUCAUCACGAUCCUGAAAUCUACCCAGAUCCGUCCCGGUUCGAUCCGGACCGUUUCUCCGCAGAAGCUGUGAGUGCCCGCCAUUCGCACAGCUUCCUCCCAUUCGGCGAUGGACCGAGAAUGUGCAUCGGAAUGCGAUUCGCCCUGGUGGAGGUCCAGUUCGGAAUCGCUCAGCUGCUCAGCCGGCUACGAUUCAGCGUGAACGGGCGCACCCAGCUGCCGCUGCGGUACGAUCCGAAGGCCAAUGUAGCCAAAGCCUUGGGCGGCCUCUGGUUGGAUGCGGAGAAGAUUUGAGCGCCGUUCGCCGAGAUGUUGAAGUGAGGGGCAGGAAUAUAAUGGAUCCAAACCUGGUUACCCGAGAGAUGACGCUUUUGAAAUUGGUUGCUCUGAUCAUUUUCCUUGUAUGGGAGAUGAGGUGUGGCGCUUUUUCAUGAUACGGCAUAAUAAU